AUGGCUGAUGACAUAAAAAAGCGUAAACGAUUAUCAGGUUCGCAAUAUUUAAAGAAAAGACUAGCACGGGAGAAAGAUUUAGUUAAACAAAAAGGUAGUUUACUGAAAUUUUGUCAACAAAAUAGUCAAGCAAAUGUUAUUAAUGAUAAUGAUACUGAUGACAGUGAAGAAAAUAGUGGAAAUAAAAAUAUUGAAGAUCUAAGUAUGGGCGAAGUUGACAAUAAAAAAAAAGAACAUGACAAUGAAAGUAAAGAAGAGAUUAAUAUAACUGAAAAGAAUAGUGCCAAUUUAAAUAUUAAAGAUAUACAUGAUAUAAGCAGCAGAAAAGCUGAUUUUGACUCUGAAAAUGAAAACAAGAAAGAGAUUGCUAUAAGUAUUAUAAGUGAAGAAAAUAUUGAAAAUAAAAAAUCUUGUAAUUAUGAUGAAAAGUACACCAAUUUUAAGUCUCUUGAUUUUGAUGACCCUAAUAAAUGGCCCUCUAUCGAUGAUAAAUUAAGACUUUAUUUAAUAGAGUGUGGACCUCGUCAAAUAAAUAUGGAAACAUUUCCUAUUAACACUAGUGGUAGAUCAUUUUCAUCUUUUCACUAUUUUCGACGUUUACCUAAUGGUGAAUGUAUUAAACGUUCUUGGAUAAUUUAUUCUAAAUCAAGUGAUUCUGUGUUUUGUUUUUGCUGCAAAUUGUUUAAUAUUGGAGUAGUAUCUCUUACAACCAAUGGUAAUAAUGAUUGGAAAAAUAUAUCAAAUAUAUUGAACAGACACGAGACGUCAAAUUCUCAUAAAAAGGCAUAUCAAAAUUAA